ACAGGCACAGGCCAGCGCAGUAGCGGCUAUUUCAUCCCUGUUUACAUGUAUCUCAAUGUUUAGAUCUCGGAAACAUUAUUGUUUUUACUUGGCCAUGAUCCAGCUAGGCUGAUUGAUGGACCUGAGUUCCAACAACUACUAGUAACACUUUGAGACUUUGUAGUCAUAAAAUCUCAGAACCUGGUUUCGGACACUCGGCAAGUAAAACCGUUUUAGUUACCUGCAUGCACCACGCGUGCCCUCCGUGUACAGGUUUUCAUUUUCGGCUCACGUCAUGGCAUCGUCCUCCACUACUUGCUUGAGAAAUUUGGCCCGAAGUAUUUUCCAGGUCGGUGUCGAAGCCGUGUCGCCACGAUCUGCCGUAGAGCGAGCUGUGAAGCGAGUCAGCAACUCUCUCCUUGUGGAAACAGAUGGUCAGCAGUACGAGUUUCCAUUGCAAGAAAAUGUCAAGGUGGUUGGUUUUGGCAAGGCCGUCCACUCCAUGGCUCUGGGUGUGGUGGACAUCCUGGGCACCAGAGAGUCCCGCACCAGCGGUGGCCUAGGCGAGAACAUUGUAGCGCCGGUCAAUCAUCUCACGCAUGCGGCAGUGUGCUCUGUACCACACGGCAUAGUCCGCACCAACAACCAGCUACUGGAAGAUAGAAUCGUUCUACACCACGGCGCUCGGCACAACCUGCCGGAUGCGAGUGCUGCAUCGGCCGCCUGGGAGAUCCGUGACAUUGCGGAGGCGUGUGACCGGUCGGAUCUGCUGAUAGUGCUAAUAUCCGGCGGCGGUUCGGCGCUGUUGCCGAUGCCCGUCGAUGGUAUAACUCUGGAAGAAAAGCGGCGCACCACUCAGCUGCUUGCCCAAGCAGGUGCAGACAUUACUCAGCUCAACACUGUCCGACAUCAUCUCUCCCAGUUCAAGGCCGGCGGUCUGGCUCGGCUUGCUCAGCCGGCACAGGUGCUGUCGUUAGUGCUGUCGGAUGUUCUUGAUGACCGCCUCGACAUCAUCGCUGGCGGGCCAACGUGCAAUGCCGACACUACGAGAGAGGACUGCGUGAAGAUAUGCUCCAGUCUUGGUGUUUUGCCACAGCUGCCGCGUGCGGUUCGAGAGUUUCUGGAGUCAACGGGCUCAAGCGCCACACCGGAGCAGUUUCCAUCGUCAAGGGUUACCAACUGCAUCAUCGGUAGCAACCGAACUGCCGUGGACGCAGCCGUGACCGAGGCAUCGCGACAUGUGCAAGUCACAUUCCCGUACUAUGGACUAAUAGGGGAUGCCGACGAGCUGGGCUGCUUCUACGGUCGCUGGAUGCACUUGGCGAGUGCGGCGUACCGCGGCUGUGGCUCGUCGCUAGCGGAGCUCUACCAGUGGAUCAUGUCGCGCCUUGACGAUGAAGACCUGGCUACGGCUGUAGUGGAGGCCUGUCAGCAACAGAAGAGUUUCUGCUUUGUGGCCGGUGCAGAGCCGACCGUGAACGUCCGCGGCACUGGUCUGGGCGGUCGCAGCCAGCAGCUUGCUCUGCGCGCCGCCGUGGAGGUCACCACUGCCAGUAGCGGUAGUCAUCGGCGACAAGGCAAAGCUGCACUACCGCCGUCAUCACCGCCGUCGUCAGAUAGCAGAGCGUGUAGUGACAUGACGGCACUCCUACUGGCGGCUGGCACGGACGGAAUCGACGGACCGACGGAUGCCUGCGGUGCCAUGGCGCAUUCCGAUGGCAUUGGAGCAUCAAUGAAAGAAGCCGCAGCAUGUCUCGUCGACAACGAUGCCUAUUCGUUCUUCAAGAACCACGGCAGCGGGAAAGAUCUGCUUGUGACGGGAGCGACGGGUACAAACGUCUCAGACCUGCACGUACUGCUGUUUCAACACAAGCACUCGUCAGAGCUGUGAUAGAUCGCCGGUGUUGUGUUCUUCACACCCGUACCCGCGCAGCUAACGGCUGGCACCGCCUGUGAUGAGUCCGAUGACACAUGCGGACAUGCCAUCUAGCUGUUAGUAUUCAGGACGGUCACGACUGCUAGGACGCGGUGACUCACCCUACACACGAGUGUCGGGCUCCCUGCUGGGACUCACUUCCACGUUUGCCGAAUAACAAAUCGAGCAAGUCCUCACGAGCCAAGUUAGCUGGCUGCCUUGAAACGCACCACCACAGUGUGCACAUAGCUUUCCAGUAAGUUUACAAUGCCACUAGACUGUGGGCACUGCUGGCUCGAUGGUUGGUCUGCAGGAGUCACUUUUCGAAGCGUUUGCUGCCACCGUUCUUAUUGUCACUCACUGGCAGUCCGCCAUGUACUGUCAGACAACUACAUGCACCCGUAUUGCUCUCAUCUAGAAGACUGAUAGGCGCACACUUACGUUCGUAUGCGCUACUUGCUCGCACAACUAGCGUGCACACACACACACACAAAUGCAUGCCCAUCGCUCAGUGGAGCAAUGAUAGCAAACGAGCUAUUUAUUGUUAGACAAGGCACCUAACUUGUGCGCACA